CAUCACGAGACCAACAUUGCGUUGCCCAGCUGAAAAGUCGCUGCUAUACAAUUGCAAAUUCAAUCAGCCAGAAACUAAAAUUGUUGCCUUAUUUCAAGUUUUAGAAUGUGCUGGUAGUGAUAACUAAGUGACCAUUCAUCAUUGAGUCUAUAUUAGUUUGAAAUUUUCUUUCGAGAACUUAGUGAAAGACAACGAACAAGAUGGUUGAGCAACUGAAAAGAUACCUUUGGAGUCUUUUGCAAAUGGUGGAAGGGCUCGAGGCUAUUGUAAUUACAGACAGAGAUGGUGUCCCAGUUAUCAAAGUGAAAUCUGAUGAAACCCCAGAGCAUGCCAUGAGGCCCGCCUUCCUUGCUACAUUUGCCAUGGCUGCCGACCAAGCCAGUAAACUGGGGCUCUCGGCCAACAAGAGUAUUAUCUGUACCUACACAUCACAUCAGGUUGUGCAUUUCAACAAGCAGCCCCUCUUUGUCAGUUUGAUAGCCUCAAGAAAAGCUAAUACAGGGUUGUUAAUGGAUUUGGAGUCGGAGGUUGAAGGUUUGCUUCCUGAGCUAAAGGCUGCCAUUGACAUAUAGGCUCUAGUUUCUAUCCUAUUCUUUUUAUGUUGUAGUCUGUAUUAUGUUGUCCAACAAAACCCUAGGUUUUAAAUGUUUGAAAUCAGCACAUCGUAAGAUGUAAGAUGAUGUUAUGGAAAAAGAAUGUCCUCACUUGUAAAGAGCAGGCCUCGUAAGAGAAUUCCAUUUUGGUUUAGAAAAGUGCAGGAGGAUUGACUGGUACAGUUCAUAAGAUUGAACUUCCAAUAUUCCAAAAUAGUAUUUGUAGAGUAUUUCUAUUUUUACGUCUAAAUACGUUUGAUUUUGCCUUUCAUAAUGCAUGCCAGGGAAAUUAGAAUAAUCAGGAGGAAAAAUUAAAUGGGAAUUGGUUCCAUAUUUUUUCGCUUCUAAUUUCACAGAACUGUAUCCAACCUCGUAGCUUAUUUUGGGGCAUUAACUUACAAAUACUAUGACUGUACAAAUAAAAAAGUUACAUUUUACAUUAUUAUUUAGACAUUAAUUUCAAUGUAUCAUCUUUAUAAAGUUUGAUAUAAAUGGCUUUUUGACUGAAGAAAAGGUUAAAGUUCAUCAGGUGUCAAUCAAGUGUUGUGAAAAUGACCAUGUUGUCUUUAAAAAUGUAUUGUACUGUAUUUAGAAAAGACUAGCAAUAUAGUAGUUAUAUAUACAUCUAGUUUGAGUGUACCAAUCACUAAAAAAUAUUUUGUUUUCCAUGUCGUGAUACUAUAUU